AAUCUUAAGGCCCAACCAACCCUCCUUCCUCCUUCUGCACUCUGGGCCCUCUUUCUUGUCUUUCUCUCUCUCACACACACGUACACAUAGUUGUUGCAGCUUGACAUCAUUAUAGCCUUGUGUGUAGCUUUUAUGCAAAUUCCAUUCCUAAACAGCCUUUCAUUAUUUCUAAGAAACCCAACUUUCCUUAAUUUCUGCUUAAGGGUGCAAGACCAAAGAUUUGCUUUUUGCUUUUACUUGCAUCUUUGAAGAGAAAUUUCUAGUGUUGACCCUCAAAUAUUUUGUCUCAGGUUUGAGUUGGUUAGAAUGGAGACACAAAAUGGUAGCAAGUCAAAGAUAGAUGAUUAUGAAGUGAUAGAGCAAAUUGGAAGAGGAGCUUUUGGUGCUGCAUUUCUUGUUCUUCAUAUAACUGAGCAGAAGAAAUAUGUUCUGAAGAAGAUACCUUUAGCAAAGCAGUCAGAGAGGUUCAAGCGUACUGCACAUCAAGAGAUGAAUCUGAUAGCUAAGCUAAGCCAUCCAUAUAUCGUGGAGUACAAGGAUGCUUGGGUCGACAAGGGGAACUCUAUAUGCAUCGUUACCAACUAUUGUGAAGGUGGAGAUAUGGCAAAGAUCAUCAGGAAGUCAAGAGGCACACUCUUCCCAGAAGAGAAACUCUGCAAAUGGCUGACUCAGCUAUUACUGGCAGUGGAUUAUCUGCAUUCCAACCGUGUUCUACACAGAGACGUGAAGUUGUCUAACAUUUUUCUCACAAAGGACAAUGACAUCCGGCUAGGUGAUUUUGGAUUAGCAAAACUUUUAGAUGGAGAAGGCGGUCUUGCUUCCUCGGUAUGAGUUCUCUUUAUAUUCAUACAGCUAUAGUGGAAAAAUCAGCUCCUGCUUAUUAAUGACAAACUAUGAUCACCUACACAAUGACUCAAUAUGCUUAAGUAGUUACUAGAUA